UCAAAGAUGGCGGCAGCGGCGCCGUGGCCGGGGCUGUGGGCGGUGGGGAUGGGCGCGGCGGCUCUGCUGUUCCUGCUGCUGUGGCGGCGAAGGCGGCGGGCGGGCGGCGCGGGCCGGGUGUGCGUGGCCGUGCUGGGGGACCUGGGCCGCAGCCCGCGGAUGCAGUACCACGCGUUGGCGCUGGCCCGGCACGGGCGCGAGGUCGCGCUGCUGGGCUACCUCCAGACCCGGCCGCACCGGGACGUGCUGCGCUGCCAGAACAUCCGGCUGGUGCCCGUGGCGGAGCUGAGCGGGCUGCGAGUGGGGCCAAAGCUUUUCCAGUAUGUCCUGAAGGUGCUUGUGCAGUCAGUGCAGUUACUGUACACGUUGCUGAGGAUAGAUCAGCCAUCCUAUAUUCUUCUUCAGAACCCCCCAGGCUUACCCAGUAUAGCUGUUGCCUGGGUGGCAGGGCUGUGGUGGGGGAGCAAACUCAUCGUUGAUUGGCACAACUAUGGGUACACCAUCAUGAGCCUGAGUCACGGGAGGAGCCACCCACUGGUCCUGAUUGCAAAAUGGUAUGAAAAGCUUUUUGGGCGCUUGUCUGACUAUAACCUGUGUGUCACUGAUGCCAUGAAGAAAGAUCUCUGGGUGAAUUUCAGGAUAAAGGCUGUAACUUUGUAUGACAAACCAGCAUCUUAUUUCAAGGAAACACCUUUAGACCUCCAACACAACUUGUUCAUGAAACUUGCCAAGGACUAUGAGCCCUUCAAACCACGAGCUGUCAGUCCCGGUGCCCACAGAUCGGCCUUCACCGAGAGGGACGGCAGCAGCGGGAGCGUGGUGAAGCCCAGGGGCCGGCCAGCCCUUCUCAUCAGCAGCACCAGCUGGACAGAGGAUGAAGACUUCUCAGUUCUUUUAAGAGCUUUAGAAGAUUACGAGAGGUUUAUCGAGGAGGGAGCCGAGCUUCCAGCUUUAGUGUGUGUGAUAACAGGAAAAGGACCUCUAAAAGAUUAUUACAAUGGACUGAUCCAAAACCUGCACUUUAGGCACAUCCAGAUCUGUACACCGUGGCUGGAGGCUGAGGAUUACCCUCUUCUGCUUGGCUCAGCAGACCUGGGGGUGUGUCUCCACAAAUCCUCCAGUGGUUUGGAUUUGCCCAUGAAGGUGGUCGAUAUGUUUGGCUGCUGUUUACCUGUGUGUGCAAUACAUUUUGAAUGUUUACAUGAACUGGUGAAGCACAAUGAGAACGGUCUGAUAUUCAGGGACUCGCAGGAACUUGCAGAACAGCUGAAGAUGCUUUUCUUGGAUUUCCCUAGCCUGGAAGGGAAACUUCCCAGCUUCCGAGAGACCCUGCGAGCGUCCCAGCAGCUGCGCUGGGACCAGAGCUGGGACCAGACUGUCCUUCCCUUGCUGGGCAGCAAAGAGUGACUGGGGGAAGGAGGGUGUCAAACACAUUCCUGCAGCUGCAGGGAUUUGGGAAACAGUGAAUAAA